AUGUCACUCCUUUUUGCUCUGGUGCUAUCGUCACUCGUUUCUAGUACCCUGGGAAGUACUUGUAAAUACAUUCAAGCUAACGCCGGUGACGGAUGCUACAAUCUUGCCCAGCGUUGCGGUAUCACGCAGGAUGUUCUCAAGACAGACAACACGGGUAAUGGCUUCACCUACACCUCUGGUGCUGACUUCUGCAACAACAUUCUGAAGGGUGACUAUAUCUGUUGUUCUACGGGAUCCCCGCCAGACUUCUCUCCCAAAAAGAACCCUGAUGGAUCCUGCCAUGUCUAUACCGUCCAGAAAGGUGACUUCUGUUCAGAUAUCGAAGAUGCCAAUAAGAUGAAGAGAGGUACAAUUGAAAAGUAUAAUAAUCAGACGUGGGGAUGGGCUGGAUGUACUCUCAUGCAGAAUGGUGCGAAUAUCUGUUUGAGUGAUGGGACUCCUCCAUUCCCGGCUUCAACAGACGACGCUGUUUGCGGUCCCCAGGUCAAAGGAACCGUGGAGCCAAAAGGAAUGCCUUACACCAACUGGACUAACCUGAACCCUUGCCCUCUUAAUGCUUGCUGUGACAAAUGGGGUCAAUGUGGUGUCACUGUCGAGUUCUGUGAACAAGCCAAUUCGUCAACAGGAGCGCCUGGAACCUCCAGGAAUGGAACCAACGGAUGUAUCUCGAACUGCGGUACUCAGAUCAUCAAUAACAAAGAGGGCCCUGAUAAGCCUCUGCGUAUUGCAUACUAUGAGAAUUUUGAACAGGAUCGCUCGUGCUUGAACAUGGACGUUUCACAGCUUGGAACCCUCCACUAUUACUCGCAUGUUCACUGGGCAUUCGCAAAUAUUACCAGUUCUUGGGAAGUGGAUGUUAGCAGUUAUAAAGAACAAUUCGACGGUUUAAAAGACAUUGAUGCUGUCAAGCGCAUUGUCAGCUUUGGUGGCUGGGGAUUUUCUACCACUGCAUACACGUACCAGAUUCUUCGAAAUGGCGUCAAGGAUGGUAAUCGCCAGACUUUGGCCACAAAUAUUGUCAAAUUCAUUACUGACAAUGACCUCGAUGGUGUCGACUUUGACUGGGAAUACCCUGGCGCCCAAGAUAUUCCUGGCAUUCCACCUGACAGCAAAGACUCCGGUGCGAAUUAUCUUGAGUUCCUCAAACUAGUCCGGUCUCAGUUGCCAUCUAGCAAGAGUCUCUCAAUUGCCGCGCCUGCCUCUUACUGGUAUUUGAGAAACUUUCCCAUCAAAGAAAUUUCCGAAAUUGUGGACUACAUCGUCUACAUGACGUAUGAUAUUCACGGUCAAUGGGAUUACGAUAGCAAAAAUGCCGAUUCCGGAUGUCCCACUGGUGGGUGCCUACGUAGUCAGAUCAAUCAGACCGAAAUCUUUUGGUCACUUUCUAUGAUUACGAAGGCUGGCGUUCCGUCCAAGAAGGUCGUGGCAGGUCUUCCACUCUACGGGCGCAGCUUCGAGAUGGAGGACCCAACCUGUAGCGGACCUGAUUGCCAUUUUACCGGCCCUAAGUCAGGUGCUUUAGCAGGAGAGUGUACUAACACUCCCGGCUACCUUGCCAAUUGGGAGAUUUACAACAUCAUUAUUCAAUCCGAAAAUCCUGAUAUGUACGGGAAUAUGACCAUUGAGCAGUACCAGUAUCAUGGGGAUGUCCUAAUCUACGAAGGAAAUUGGGUAUCAUGGCUUUCACGUAAAAGUUACCUCCAGUACAGGGAUUGGUAUGAUGGACUCAAUUUUGGCGGAACAUCUGACUGGGCUAUCGAUCUGAAUGCGACCUAUAGUGAGGGCGGCUCGGGUGAAGAAGUAUCCAUUGACCUUGAUUUUGAUUACCCGGAAUGUGACUAUACAAAAUUCUACAAGACACUUGACGAUCUUUCAGCAGCCACGGGAGACAUGCGAACAGACUGCAUCGCUGCUAUCACCCUCCAGACGCUCGUCACAAUGCUGAAUACGGCAUAUGAUAACUACACUGAUGUCAACAGCGGAUACGAUGGCCUUUUUGAGUACUAUGUCGAUUAUAUGGAUGAUCUUGUUCCAACAGUCCUUGAGACUGAGCUCAUGAUGACCGAUGAUGGAGGUGCAUCGGGUGAACUUACAGGCGAUUCGCCAACUUUUGGAGAAGGCGCAUCAUACUUCUCUUGCAGUUUCGGUGGUGACACAUAUGCCGGAUGCACUAACUUCGGGAGGGACACAUUGAUGCCAGCCAACAAGCCGAGUAACACAAUCUCAUGGAAACUCACUGACGAGGACGGAUGGAACAAGAAGUUGGUAGAUGAAGGAAUAUCCCCUGACUAUGUCGUGCUUGGCGAUUAUACCCGAACGCAAACCCCCAACAGAGUUGAACACGGCGGUGUCACCGAGUUCAAGUACUAUUUCACAAACUUUCCGAUCAAGAACGACUCAAUGGUCGUCCCAAACCCGAAGGAUAUCAUGACCAAGGCUUUACCUCACAUUCCAACUCUUCGUGAUGAUAUGCAAGCGACUGUCUAUGAUAUGAUGCUAGGUCAAUGGGUCGGCGGCGACCUCGCCGAUCCUGUCCAGGUCUACAGCACCGCAGUAUUCAGCAUUAUGCAGGCAAUUGACUCAAUGGCACAAGCAAAAAAGCUAGGUGAAGAAGAGAAAAAAUUGAAGGCUGCGGAAGCUGCAGCGAAAAAGAAGGACUUCAUCCUGAUGAUUGUUAGCGUUAUUCUUGUUGUUGUUCCCUUCGUGGGUGAGGAAGUUGCCGCCGCCGCUGGAAUGGCCACCCUUGCUCGCAGUAUCGCUAUAGCUGGCGAAGCUGCCAACACAGGCUAUGCCAUUUACGACACAGUGAAGGAUCCAAAGUCCGCGAUUGUGAACGUCAUCGGCGCCGUUCUAGGAAUUGGCUCGAUUGCAAAGGCUGAACGCAGCGGUUCAGGACUUGCAGACGUCGCCAAAACUCGGGCGGCAAUGAAGGCAUCGGAAAUUUCCAGUAUGGGAGACCUUUUCAAGGCCAAUGACGACACAUUGCAGAGCCUCAUGAAAGUUUGCAGACUGAGUUAG